UCGCCGCCCGCCGCCACCCGACAGUCACAAAUUCGCACUUGACGAAAUACCACUUCGAAAUAUAGUGUCUUGAUGGUAUUCGCGUGCAGUAUGUGGGGUCUGGCGGCGCUGCUGCUGGUCGGCGUGGCGGGAGCGUGCGAGCUGCGGCCGCGGUCCGCCGGCCUGCAGUCCCCCGGCGACAACCACUACCGCCUCCUCAUCAACGGCGACGUCGAGCGGUACGCGCCCGAGCAGCGAUACGUGGUGACACUGGUGGGUUCUCGUACACACUCGGUGGUGCAGCAGUUCACGCGGUUCCAGCUGACCCUCGAACCCCUGGCGCCGGGCACCGCGCGCUCGCGCCGCCAGGGCCGCUUCGAGCUGUUCGCCGACACCCUCACUAAGUUCCACGAGGAGUGCACCAACUCCGUGGUGGAGGCCGACGACCUGCCCAAGACGGAAGUGCAGGUCAUGUGGAAGGCGCCGCCCGCCGGCUCCGGCUGCGUGCUGCUCAAGGCGAUGGUGUACGAGAACGCUUCGCGGUGGUUCGCGGAGGACGGGCAGCUGACGCGGCGCGUGUGCGAGGACACCUCGCUCGACGUCACCGACUGCUGCGCCUGCGACGACGCCAAGUACCGGAUGGUUUUCGAGGGUCUGUGGUCGGAGCACACCCACCCGAAGGACUACCCGAAAGAGGCCCAGUGGCUGACGCACUUCUCCGACGUGAUUGGCGCCACGCACCCCAAAAACUUCAGCUUCUGGGGCGAGGGAGAGAUCGCCACUGAUGGUUUCAGGUCCCUGGCGGAGUGGGGCUCCGUGGGCCUGCUGGAGCGGGAGCUGCAGCAGCGGCGCGGGCUGCGGUCCAUCGUGAAGGCCCAGGGGCUGUGGUACCCGAAGGUCAACACCAACACCACCGCCGCCUUCACCGUCGACCGCAAGCGACAUCUGUUGUCGCUAGCCUCCAUGUUCGGCCCGUCCCCGGACUGGGUGGUGGGCGUGUCCGGGCUGUCGCUGUGCGCUCGCGACUGCUCCUGGGUGCCGCACAAGGUCAUCGACCUCUACCCGUACGACGCCGGAACUGACAAUGGCAUCUCCUACAUGUCCCCGAAUUCGGAGACGAUCCCUCGCGAGAAGAUGUACCGCAUCACCACCAUGUACCCGGAGGACCCGCGCGCGCCGUUCUACAACCCGGGCGGGGAGAUCAGGCCCAUGGCCCGGCUGUACCUCACCCGGGAGAAGAUCAUCCCGCGCUCCUGCGACGAGGAGGUGCUGCAGGCGCUCGUCACGGAGGAGGCGGAGAACACGCAGUCUACUAAUAAACCGGAGUGCGCGGUGAGCGAGUGGGGGGCGUGGUCUCCGUGCUCGGUGACGUGCGGCAAGGGGCUGCGCAUGCGCACGCGCGAGUACCGCAUGCCGCAGAAGGCGCAGAUGUUCGCGUGCGACCGACAGCUCGUCUCCAAGGAGAUGUGCGUCGCCGCCGUGCCCGAAUGCGAGGAUGAUGGCGUUAACGAGGCGGACUCCGAGCCGGGGGUGUCGGACGGCGCGUGCGCAGUGUCGGAGUGGGGGCCGUGGAGCGAGUGCUCGGUGACGUGCGGAGUAGGCGUGGCCACGCGCCGCCGACAGUUCCUCGACCGCAUGGGGCCCAAGAAGUGCCCGCUUGUGCAGAUCGAGGAGAACCAGAAAUGCAUGCAGCCGGCGUGCACCGAAGAGGAGGGGGCGGGGGAGGGCGUGUCGGACCCGACGUGUCCCACCACGCCGUGGUCGUCGUGGUCGGCGUGCUCGGCGUCGUGCGGGCGCGGCGUAGCGUUCCGCACGCGCCUGCUGCUGGUGCCGGCCGCGCGCCAGGCGGACUGCGCCGCCCGGGUCGAGCUGCUGCAGCACCGACCCUGCACCGAACGGGACUCCUGCGAGAUCGACAUGCUCACCGCUAAGCGUAUCUGCAUGGAGGCGCCUGAGCAGGGCCCGUGCCGCGGCGUGUACCAGCGCUGGGCGUUCGUGGCGAUGAAGGGCAUGUGCGUGCCCUUCACGUACGGCGGCUGCCGCGGCAACCAGAACAACUUCAUCUCGCAGGACGACUGCACAAAAACCUGCAGCGUGCUGCUUGGUGGUGCAGGCGGCUCAGCGGGCGGGCCGGGCGCCCCCAGCGGAGCCGCGCCGCUACCGCCAGCAGUCAAUGCGGCAGGCGCUGAGGGGUCUACGGUAGCGGGGCCGCAGCCCGAGGACUGCGUGGUGAGCGCCUGGAGCCCCUGGAGCCGCUGCAGCGUGACCUGCGGCACCGGCUACCAGCAGCGGACGCGCCAAGUGCUGGCGCAGCCGCGUCCGGGUGGAGCGGCUUGUCCGUCGCGGCUGGAGCACCGCCGCCGCUGCUACCGACCUUGCUAGUCACUGCUAGCUCCUCGCCAGCUCCUACUAACACCAGUGACUGCUAGUAUAGACUUCUACAUCUCUACAGAUUAGCACUAAGUUCUACGAAUACAAUAAACAAAAUUUUAUACAUA